GCCCCGCCCCCGCCCAGCGCAUGCGCAACAGGCCCCGCCGGCGUCUCCUAGCAACCAGGAAACAACGGCGCGGGGGGCUGCAGCGUGAUCGCCCCCGGGCGGGCGCCCGGCGGCGGCGGGAAGUAAUUGCUCUCAGAAGAAACCUUUGAUUCCGUGACUAAGAGAAUGGGUAAAAAAGUAAAGAAGGAAGUAGAGUCUCCACCCAAGGAUGUGCAGAAUGUGUUAUUAAUGGAGGCUCACAACCAAUAAGGGUGGAGGACAUCUUCAGGGCUGGGUGGAGGAAGGAUGUCUGAGGUGUGGUAAGGAUUCUGCUCUGCUGCAGCUGCCUUUGGGAAUGCCCAGAUGGCAGCAUCCGCAUGUGAGGUGCUGUACCAGAGGUGCCCUUGAGGAGCAGCUGCAAGGAAAUGGAGGAUUGUAUUUAGUUUGAUCCUUUAUUAAUUGAAAGUAAAACAGCAGCAACAGUUGUGCUAAUGCUUAGUUCUCCUGAAGAGGAAGUUUUGGCCAAAGCGUGUGAUGCCAUAUAUAAAUUUGCAUCAAAAGGUGAUGAAAACAAAGUGACGCUUCUUGGUCUUGGAGCAGUGGAACCUCUAUAUAAACUCAUCUCACAUGAAGAUCCAAUUGUACGCAGAAAUGCUGUUAUGGUGUUUGGGAUCAUGGCUUCUAAUCAUGAUGUAAGGAAGUUAUUGAGAGAACUGGAUGUCACAAAUUCACUUAUAUCACGGCUGGCACCGGAAGAAGAUGUAGUCAUCCAUGAAUUUGCUACUCUAUGCCUAGCACAUUUGGCUGCUGAAUAUACUAGUAAAGCACAAAUAUUUGAGCAAGGCGGACUAGAACCACUUAUCAGACUACUAGGUAGCCCUGAUCCUGAUGUUAGCAAGAAUUCAGUUGAAUGUAUCUAUCUCCUGGUACAGGAUUUUCAAAGCCGUGCUGCAGUUCGUGAACUGAAUGUAAUUCCACCCUUGCUGGAACUACUGAAAUCUGAAUACCCAGUUAUUCAGUUGUUAGCCCUCAAAACCUUAGAAGUAAUUAGCAAUGACAGAGAAACUAGGAUAAUACUGACAGAACAUCAAGUAUUAGAUUAUCUCCUUAAGAUACUAGAAACCAAGGAAUUCAGUGAUCUACAUGUGGAAGCUCUUGCAGUAGUGGGAAGUUGUCUUGAAGAUGUGGAUACUAUGCAAUCGAUUCAGCAGACAGGAGGCCUUAAAAAGCUACUUUCAUUUAUAGGAGUUUCUACUGUUCCUGAUGUUCAGAAGAAUGCAGCAAAGGCAAUUGCCAAAGCAGCUUAUGACUGUAUGUCUGAAAACAGAAAAAUAUUAAAUGAGCACGAGGUUGAGAAGUAUCUCAUAAACCUUUUGGGAAAUGAUAAUGAUGGAGUUAAAGCUGCUGCUUCCCAAGCAAUUUCUGCCAUGUGUGAGAAUUUAGCUAGCAAACGAGCAUUUGGACCUCAGGGGAUUCCCCAGCUAGUACAGUUGCUAAGCAGUGACAAUGAAGAAGUAAAAGAAGCUGCAGUCAUAGCUUUAGCUAAUUUGACAGCAGCCAGUCCUAGUAAUGCCAGCGCUGUUGCUGAGGCUGAAGGAAUACAGCCAUUAAUAAAUACUUUGAGUGCUCAGAGAGAUGGAGCCAUCGCUAAUGCUGCUACAGUACUAACAAACGUGGCCAUGCAAGAGCCAUUCCGUCUAAAUAUUCUUCAUCAUGGAAUUAUGAGUGCGCUUGUAGGGCCACUGCGCUCUACCAACAGCCUAGUGCAGAGCAAGGCAGCGUUCGCUGUGGCUGCAUUUGGUUGUGAUGCUGAUGCGAGAAAUGAGUUAAGAAAUGCAAGUGGACUGGGACCACUCAUUGAAUUGCUACAUUCUAAGAAUGAAGAAGUCAGAAGAAAUGCCUGUUGGGCUGUUAUGGUUUGUGCAAGCGAUGAACCAACAGCUGUUGAGCUAUGUAGGCUAGGGGCUUUAGAGAUCCUAGAAGAAAUUAACCUGUCAACGGGGCACAAAAAUAACUUUAGUGAAGGAGCUCUGGAAAAGCUGCUUGAUAACAAUCUCUCCCAAAAGUACAGCCAGAUGGGUUAUUUAUCAUCAAGUAAUAUUAUUACUGAUGGAUUCUAUGACUGUGGUCAGGUACAACCGGGAGUGAGAUUUUUAUCUUUGGAGGAACUGAGUAAACAAGAGCUUACUGACCGUCGGGCCCUAAUCUUUGUUAAUGCUAAACCACAGAACAUUGUUCCUGUGGUAGAAGAAAAGCCACAAGAUACAUCUUAUGAGCAGACUAACUUGUCAUCUUCUAUUUUAAGACGAGGCAGUAGAGAAAAAGCCAGUUUAACGGCAUCUCCAGUGGAAGAAAAACAGGAAUUAUCUGGACGAAGGUCUUCACUCAGCAAAGGCAGCACUAGAGAAAAAGGCUCAAGAAAAGGGAAGGGGAAAAAAGAAGAGGAAAAAGUGAAAGAAGAUGAUGUUCAGAUUACAUCUGAAGUCCAGGAUGAAGUAAAUCUUGAAAAUUCACAUUGGUUGCCACCAGCUGACUUCAUUUUACUGGAUUACAUUAAUGAUGCUUCCAAAAUAAUUCUACCACUAACAACUACCUGGAAACAGGUUGUGGUUCUUGCACAGUUUGUUGCAGACAAGAUGGGUGGCCCAAUUGAAAGAGACAGACUACAUGACUUCAGCUGGGAACUUCACAUAAGUGAAAUAGAAUUUGAACUGAAAUGCAAUGCUGUGCCUAUUGGGAAAGUCAAAAAAGGAACAUUCUACCACAGGGCUUUGCUUUUCAAGGUGAUAGCAGACAGAAUUGGCAUUGGCUGCAGUUUAGUUCGUGGCGAGUAUAACAGAGCUUGGAAUGAAGUUAAGUUGGUUGAUGACUCUCCUCAAGGAAUAGCUGGACUUCUGCUUCCUCCUCAAGAGUAUAUUGUAGAUCUAAUGUUUGAGCCAGGCUAUUUGAUGAAACAAGGAAGUGCAGAGGCAGAUCGCUACAAAUUUAUUUAAUCAUCAUGCCAAUUUCUUUUGAAGAUGAUUUCAGUGCUAAUAUUUAUGAAACACAUGGUUUUUGGGGGGGGGUACAGCUAUCAAAAAGAAGCAUAUAUUUCUAUAUUCACUUGUUGAAAGGUGUUCUUCAGUUUCUAAGAACUCACUUUAGGUAUCUGCACCUGGUAUGUAGUCCUAAAUGUUGAAUUAAACAUCAUAUUUUAGGUCUCCAACAUUUUAGCAGUUCUGAUCAUUUUGUGAUACUAUAUUAAGAUUAAACUGUAAAACUAUAGAUUAAAAAUUGGUAGACCAAGAAUAUUUAGUAUGUAUUAACAUUAUAAUACUUAUUAAAUAGGUUUGAAUUAUUUCCAAAAUACAGUUUAUUCUGUUUUUCUUCCCUCAACUCCCAUGUCCAUUUAUGGGACUUACAUGUCCUUGAAGAAAGAGACUGACACCUUUUAAAAUAAUAAGCUACCUGAAAGCAAUUACACAUUUUUUGUGUGAAAUAACCCAAGAACUGAGAAUCAGAACUAAGAUAAUAGUGUACUUUUCAGCAUCUGUAGAAACAUCUCACUUAUAUUUCUCAGAAUGGAUGGAAUGAUGGAAUUGAUAAUUAUGGAUAAUAAUAUGCUCUGGGUGAAGGUAAAUACAGUUUGUUCUGGCUCAGGGAAGACAGAUGCCUGUUAAGUUAUUGCUUGCUAGUUCCCUUUAAAUUCUUUCCUUUUCACUUGAAGAUAAAAUGGGGUCUGAGAAGGGGACAGUUUCAGACAAGGUAUAUUUGUUUCUUAGAGCCUCUGGUAAUGUGGUGUUGCCACAGCAUAGUGGUGUAUCUAAGAGAGGUAAAACACUAGCUAGAACAUUCCAGUAAAUGCUUUCUGGUGAAAGAGUCAGGAAUGUACUGAAAAAGCAGAGCAUUUCAGGGAGUAUCAUUAUCAAGUGAGUUUAAUGUAGAAAACUGACAAAAAGUCCUGUACAAGUUAGGGCAAUGCAGGCAGCAUUGUGCAUAAGUGAAUUUCAGAUGACCAGAACAACAGCAUUACAUUUACUUCCUGCCCACCAAAAAAUGUGAUAAAGAAGUUUGGGCUCUCUAUUCCUUUAGUUUUUAAUGUUUAUAUAAUCAAGGUCACUUCUGUGUACUGCUUUGGUUUCAAGAGGUUUAUAUCUGUUGUAUUCAUUACUGCUUAUGAGCAAGAUCCCACCACUUCCUUUCCUUCCUUCAUUGACAGGCAGCAUGAUUUCCUGGUAGCCCUUUGGGGAACAUUUUAUCUUCUUUUGUUAUAGAUUGACUUAUACGGCCUCAUGUUCAAUUUUUAACCUUGUGUUCAGCAGUAUUCUGGACAUCAGAAUGGAAAGGAACUCUGGAAACAAAAUGCACAAGACACUAGCAGAAGUAGAUGGAAGGCUCAGGAUAUAUUUCUUAUUGUUGCUAUUUAGC